AUGUCGGAAAGGGCGUCAUUGGGCCCGCGACUGCCGCUCCAAAACUACCUCAAAUGGACAAAAUAUUCCACCUGUCCAGGGAAACGGGAUGCGGGGCUCCCUCGGGAGCCCCUUCCCCUCACCCUUGCUCGAGCCACAACAGGCAGCGCAGGCUUGGACCUCUGUUCCUCCUCCACCAGAAUAUUAACCCCUGAGGAUGGCCCUGAGGUCAUUUCCACCGGUGUCACUGGUCCACCACCCCCUGGUCUCCUAUGGCAGGACCCUUCUCCCCUCAUUUGGCUACACCUUCCCCUAGCCUCUAGGAAGAUCCUGAUCCCCUACCCUGACCUGGUUGCUCAGCUUAUUAUGAUGGGUGUCCGCCUGGCCACUCGCCACUUCGGCCGCCAGCCCGAUCAUAUUGUUUCCCCGUAUAAUAAAGAGCAACUACGAUGGCUGCAAACACAGAAUGAUAAUUGGGCCGUCCUUAUCUCAUCCUAUGGAGGCACUAUUGACAAUCACAUGCCCAGUAAUAAACUCUUACAAUUCUUUACCCUUACCCCCUUCACCUUAACCCGUAUUACGCAGUCAUCUCCCAUUCCCGGAGCGCCCACGAUUUUCGUGGACGGCUCGAAAACAGGCCUCGCGGCCAUUGCCGUUCAGUCCCUACUACGGCUUGAGGCUACUCCUGUUAUUCAACCCACAACAGCCACCUUUUUCUUAUUCACCAAAAUACAGCAAGCCAUCAGAGCACGGUCCCACCCCUUCUUUAUAGGCCACAUACGUGCUCAUUCAGGUCUCCCAGGCCCCUUGGCAUUAGGAAACGACCUUGCGGAUCAAUAUACCCGCUUGGCCGCUCUGGCUGUACCUACAGUCCCUUCGCUAGACCCUAUUUCCCUUGCUACUGAAGCCCACAAACUGCACCACCUUAACGCCCAUACUCUUCGCUUAGCCUACAAAAUCACUAGAGAGCAAGCCAGAGCUAUAGUGAAAAGCUGCAAAAAUUGCCUUACGCUGUUACCUGAACCUCAUUUUGGAGUCAACCCUCGUGGCCUCCUCCCUGGCCACCUGUGGCAGAUGGACGUUACUCAUGUUCCCUCCUUUGCUAAAUUGAAAUAUGUUCAUGUUUCCAUUGACACCUUUAGUGGGUUUCUUUUUGCCUCGGCACAAUCUGGCUAGGCCACCAAACAUGUCAUCAAACAUAUGUUUCUCGCCAUGUCAGUCAUGGGAAGACCAUUGACCCUUAAGACAGACAAUGGUCCUGGCUACGCAAGCCGUUCCUUUAAACAGUUCUGUGCUCAAUUAGGCAUAAAACAUAUUACUGGCAUCCCCUACAAUCCCCAAGGGCAAGGUAUUGUAGAAAGAGCAAACCAAACACUGAAAAAUACCAUUUUCAAACUAAAAACUCAGGAGACCCUCUACCCCUUGUGCGGCAACCAAACCACCUUGCUGGCACAUGCCCUUUUUGCCCUUAACUUCCUCACCCUGGAUACGGAGGGCCGCUCUGCCGCGGACCGUUUUUGGCACCCACACACCACCUCUAACCUCGCUCAGGUCCUAUGGCGUGAUCCCCUCACGGGCCGUUGGAACGGCCCUGACUCUGUUCUGACCUGGGGCAAAGGCUCAGCCUGCAUUUUCGACAAAAGGGAGCAGUCUGCUCGCUGGAUCCCCUCACGUCUAACAAAACCCUUCAGCCCAGAUAAUCACCUUCCCCCAGGGUCUACCCCUGCGAAAAAUCUCCCCUCUUGUCUUACAGUACCGCACAACGCCAAUCCCACCGUCCAUGGAAAUGGACCCUUAGCAGCUGGGACAGUAGCUCUAUUAUCCAGACUACAACCACCUCUGGAGCACCCAGCUUCACCUUUCUCCCCUGCACAAUUAUUCAACAGGACGGACCAUGCCUACCGGAAAAACGCGGAGCCCCUACAUCACACUUCACUACUACAACCCACCGAUGACAGCUGGCUCCUAGGAAGAACUUGGGGACUCCGCUCCUACCAACCAGAAGAUGACCCCGGAGGACUGUUUUUCAUCAAGAAAGAACUCCCUCAGGAAACCCCCCCCUCCAUUCAGGGCCCAAACAAGGCCCUCCGACCCGCUAAACCCCGACACCCACCUCACCCCCCCACACCGACAUCCGCUCCCCAACUUAGACCGUCUCCCUCGUCCCCCAUCUCCUUCCCUUCACCCCCUCCUCCUCCCCUGUUACCCCCUAUCCCUAAGGAGAAACCGAUAAUCCCUUACCCGUACCUCCCUCUCCUGCAAGCGUCUUUUUCCGCGCUUAAUCAUUCCUUCCCAAACUUCACGACCAAUUGCUGGCUUUGUUUAGUCGCGUCCCCGCCCUAUCUUGAAGCUUAUGCCCUAACCGAUAAUAAUCUUACGUGCUCUAAGGUUGACAACCCCUCUGCUUGUCACUGGGAUAAUGAUGAUCCCUCCCUUACUAUACCUAUCAUCGGAGGCAACGGCACUUGCAUUGGCAAAAAUGCUACACUUAAUCCUUAUUGUGCUGUGUCCUUCGUGACUAGGAAUGACUGCAAAUUUUAUAUUCCCCCUGGUAAUACCCGUUGGCUUUGCGUGAAAGCAGGCCUUCAAGCCUGUUGGGCUUCCACCGCCCUAGAGGACGUGUGCAUUCUGGUCACCAUUAUACCACGUGUCACCUUUAGGCCCGACCAGGACUUCCUCCCCCUGUGGGAACGACUCCAAAACCCCAGAUGGAGAAGAGAACCGGUAACCCUCGCCGUUACGAUAGCCGCUCUUCUUGGCGCCGCCGGUGCAGGGACCGGCAUAGCCGCUCUAACUUCCCAACACAUAUCCCACAAUCAUCUACGGGCAGCAGUAGAUGAAGACAUUGCCCGCUUAGAAUCCACCAUAAAUUUCUUGGAAAAGUCCCAUGCUUCCCUUGCUGAAGUAGCCUUACAAAAUAGACGAGGAUUAGACCUCCUCUUCCUCCGCGAAGGGGGACUCUGUGCCGCCCUCGGAGAAGAAUGUUGCUUCUAUGCUAACCACUCCGGCGUCAUCAGGGACUCUCUAGCCCAACUCAGGAAAGAGCUUGAACAGAGGCGCAAAGAUAGGGAAACAAACGGCCCUUGGUAUGCACAGUUUCUGCCUAGUUCUCCAUGGUUCUCUGCAAUCCUCUCUACCCUCCUUACCCCCCUCAUAGUUUUUAUCCUUGCUUUGACUUUUGGCCCUUGGAUUUUCAAAACUAUCACACGGCUGGUCACUCGCUCCAUUGAAUCAUCCUUGAAGGCCUUCCCUAUGGUACAGUACCACCACCUAGAGACGGUUGGCCACACCUCCCCCUCCACUGAGCAAUACAACCAACUCCACUUCUCGGGACGGUAAUCCAACGACGGGAAUAUUGCGGGUCCCUUGCCCUUGCGUGGAGGCUAUUAGGGAAAUACCCCGCAUAGCCUAAGACAGGAGCCGCCUCCGAAAGGGUUCUUCAAGACGGGCUUAAGACCAUGUUGUGAUAGUUCUGCAAAUCCAUUUUUCUCUCAGAACCCCUCUCCCUCUUUUGAAAAGAAAAGGGAGGAAUUGUAUAGAACCUGACAACAGGCUAGAAAUAGUGCAAACAUAACAUACCUCCCUUCCUCCCUUAAAACAGGAUGUCUUCCCUAACUAGUUCCAGGUGUAGGUUGUAAAACCCCCUCUCCCUGACACCAAAUGUACUUACAUUCCUCCUAGGUUGUAAAACCCCCUCUCCCUGACACCAAAUGUACUUACAUUCCUCCUAGGUUGUAAAUCCCCCUCUCCCUGACACCAAAUGUGCUUACAUUCCUCCUAACCUUAUUUCCUCAGUAAAGGAUGUAAAACCCCUGGGCCCCUCUGACACCAAAUGUGCCUGCAUUCCUCCUACCCUUUUGUCCUCCUAGCCACAGUAUAUAUAUACCAUGCUUUUGCUUCAAUAAACGACUUCUCUUUGCAUACUA